CCAAUCAAAAUGAUCCAAGCACAAAAUUUUCCUUGUUUAGCAUGUGCUCAUGGGCACACCAUAGAAAAACCGUUUUAUUAUUGAUAUCACUCCAUAAAGAGUUUGGAUUCCGCGGCAAUGAGAGCCAAUAGUAUAGUAAUUUGAUUCAUCUGACUCUGAAUAAAUGUAUAAUUAAAAUAAUGAUCCUACCAGCUAACUAUCUGCUUCCUUUUACAAAGGAAUCUCGUGGUGCUGCAUAAAUGUAGACGAACAUUAAGGAAAAUAAUAGAAGGAAAGAUGUUUGGAACAAUCAGCGGUGAAGUAGAGGUGAAUGCACCAGCAAGCGUAGUAUGGGAAGUGUAUAGUUCUCUUCAGCUAGCUGCUAUUGUGGAAAAAGGACUUACUGAUGUUGUCGAAAAGAUUGAGGUUGUGGAAGGUGAUGGUUCUGUUGGCACCGUUCUCAAACUCCUUUUUCGACCAGGUGUAGCUGCAUUUCCUUACUACAAGGAAAAGUUCAUGAUGAUUGACCACGAGAAGAGAGUGAAAGACGUUAUGGUUGUAGAAGGAGGUUAUCUUGACGUGGGGUUUGAGCGUUAUCUUAUUCGGUUAGAGAUUAUAGACAAGGAUGAAAAAAGCUGCAUUACAAAGUCCACAAUUGAGUAUGACAUUAAGGAAGAUUAUGCUGCUAAUGCCUCAUUAGUGUCAAUUGAUCCUCUCAUGGUUGUUAUGAACCUUGCGGCCAUUCACAUUCUGGCCAAAACAAACUGAAUUGGGGGCUUACUUUAUGCAUUCAAAAUCUUCAAGUUCUUCCCAGAGGCUUCCCUUUGUUGUAAUUUGGUUGGCUGGUUCUAAAAGAUUGUUGUUAUCAAAUUUUCUCAUCUUUCAAAAUAA